GUGUCUGUCAGCUGCAGCUGCGUCUGUCAGGACGUGUGAGGAGCAGGAGGUGAAGACAGAGUGGAGACGACGACGAGACGUUUCACCACAGCAGUCAUGAGUGUGGACGAGGACGCCCGCUGGCUGGACUGGGUCACCAGGCAGUUCGAGAGCAUCGCCGGAGACGACAAGGAGAUCGACCUGGACGAGUUCAAAACGGCCCUGAAGGUCAAAGAGUCGUUCUUCGCCGAGCGGUUCUUCGCCCUGUUCGACUCUGACGGCAGCAGCUCCAUCAGUCUGGACGAACUACUCAAAGCUCUGGACCUGCUGAUCCACGGCAGCGAGACAGACAAACUCCACUUCCUGUUCCAGGUCUACGACGUGGACGGCAGCGGCUCCAUCGACCCUGACGAGCUGAGGACGGUUCUGAAGUCGUGUCUGCGAGAGAGCGCCAUCUCUCUGCCGGAGGAGAAGCUGGACGACCUGACGCUGGCUCUGUUCGAGUCGGCCGACAAAGACCAGAGCGGAUCAAUCACCUUCGAGGAGCUGAAGGACGAACUGGAGACGUUUCCUGAGGUGAUGGAGAACCUCACCAUCAGUGCAGCCAACUGGCUGAAGCCCCCCACCGUGCACCAGGAGAAGCGAGCGACUCCUCGGUAUCUGACUCGAGCCUACUGGCAGAACAACAGCAGGAAGUUGUUCUUCCUCUGCGUAUACUUCCUGCUCAGUCUGCUGCUCUUCAUCACCGCCAUGCUGCAGCACCGCCACGGGGGGGCGUGGCUUAUGGUCGCCAAGGGCUGCGGACAGUGUCUCAACUUCAACUGCACCUUCGUCAUGGUUCUGAUGCUGCGGCGCUGUCUGACCUGGCUCCGCGCCACGUGGGUGGUUCGGGUUCUGCCUCUGGACCAGAACAUCCUGCUGCAUCAGAUCGUGGGCUAUGCCAUCUUCUGCUACACGCUGCUCCACACCACCGCCCACGUCUUCAACUUUGUCCACAUGUCCCGGGUCAGUACCUUCAGCCUGUGGGAGUACCUGCUCACGACCCGGCCCGGGAUCGGCUGGGUGAAGGGGACGGCCUCGGUGACCGGCGUGGUUCUGCAGGUGGUGAUCUGCCUCAUGGUUCUGUGCUCCAGCACCUUCGUCCGACGCAGCGGACACUUUGAGGUGUUCUACUGGUCCCACCUGUCCUACGUGUGGCUCUGCUCUCUGCUCAUGGUUCACUGUGCGAACUUCUGGAAGUGGUUCUUGGUUCCUGGUCUGGUGUUCCUGCUGGAGAAGAUCGUGGGCAUCGCGGUGUCUCGUAUCGGGGGUCUCUACGUAGUGGAGGUCAACUUGCUGCCGUCCAAGGUGACUCACCUGGUGAUCAGACGUCCUCAGUUCUUCCAUUUCAAACCAGGAGAUUACGUCUACAUAAACAUUCCCGUCAUCGCCAAGUACGAGUGGCAUCCGUUCACCAUCAGCAGUGCUCCGGAGGAGGCGGACACUCUGUGGCUGCACAUCCGCUCGAUGGGUCAGUGGACCAACCGCCUGUACGAGUACUUCAGGCAGCCCGAGAGUCCGGGCGCCAGUCCUCAGCGACUGGCCGCCAGCCUGAGGAACCGGCAGCAGCUGAGGGCUCAGGAGGAGCUGUUCAGCUGCUCUGAUGUCACCACGGCUGUGGCGUCCAACCAGGACGACGCCAUCGAGCUGACCAUGUACCGGCAGAACGGCUCGCAGGUCGGGGCGGAGCCUCCUCCGGAUGAGCAGGGGCCGGCAGAGAGAGGAGAGGCCCCUCCCCUCAGGGAGGUUUCUGCCAAGUUCAGUGAAAACCACAGAUUCUGUAACAUCAAGUGUUAUGUCGACGGACCGUACGGGACCCCAACCAGACAGAUCUUUGCAGCUGAACACGCCGUCCUCAUCGGCGCCGGUAUCGGCAUCACGCCCUUCGCCUCCAUCCUGCAGAGCAUCAUGUACCGGUACCGGCGCAGGAAGCAGAACUGUCCCAGCUGUAACUACUCCUGGUGUGAGAACAUCAAGGACGGAGACAUGAAGCUGCGCAAAGUCGACUUCAUCUGGAUCAACAGAGACCAGAAGUCCUUCGAGUGGUUCGUCAGUCUACUUACCAAUCUGGAGAUGGACCAGGCCGACGAGGAGCCCGAGGGACGCUUCCUGGAGAUGCACAUGUACAUGACGUCGGCUCUCAGUAAGAACGACAUGAAGGCCAUCGGCCUGCAGAUGGCGCUGGACCUCCUGGCCAAGAAGGAGAAGAGAGACUCCAUCACUGGGCUCAGGACCAGAACCCAACCAGGUCGUCCUGAGUGGGGGAAGGUGUUUCAGAAAGUGUCGGAGGAGAACAAGGGGAAGGUCCAUGUGUUCUACUGCGGCUCGUCGGCUCUCGCUAAAGUCAUCAAGGCUCAGUGUGAACACUUCAGCUUCAACUUCUACAAGGAGAACUUCUGAGUGUGUGUGUGUGCGUGUGUGCGUGUGCGUGUGCGUGUGUUUGUGCGUGCGUGCAUGCGUGUGCGCGUGCAUCUUUCCUCCCUAACAACCGUCUGUGUUGUGUUGUACAGUGUGUAGCUGUGAACUUGUAUAUGCACUGAUGUGGUUUCAUGGUUUUACACUUAUAUAUAAUAUAUAAUGUGUGUAGAUCUUGUGAUGACGUGUUUGUGUCCGUGAAUAUAAAACAUGUCAGAUAUUAAUGUGUCA